GACCUGCAAGGCCGAUCUCACUUUUUUAAACAUGACCCAGAUCCUCCCUGACUGCAAGACAGCCAUCCCAGGCACAGAGCAGUAUCCUAACGGACCCUUCCCCUAUCAGCUCGAUGGCUCUUGCAAUACUAUUCCAUAGCUCAAACACAACAUGCGCGAGCCCGAUAACCGAGUGCCCAUCGCCGUUCGUUCCAGACUUGGUCUUUCAUUCGACGAACGGUCAGCAGAACACGGACGAUGCCUUCUGCGGAUGUGGAUGCUGCCUUCCCUGCCCUCAAACGAACUCGUUCUACAAGCCGGGCAUCAUUGACCGGGGAUUCUUUAUCACCGAUAUCCUCAAGGGUGUCUCUGCAGGCCUGGCCCUGGUCCUCGCGCUUUCUUAUGUGGUGCUUCCAGAUAAGCUCCAGCAUCCCUCGAACCUGAUCCUCUUUGCUGCGAUUGCGACGGUGCUCUUCUCGGCGGCAGUCGCACCCUCGUACGGAAACCCCAAGAGGAUCCAGUGUGCGGCCAAUGGGGUGACGACGGCGACGUCGUACAAUAACACGCUGUGCACGAUCCAGGGCGCGUGGCUGUUGUUUGGAGCGAUCGCGACGACGGCGUGGUUGUCGAUCGUGAUCGUGAACCUGCAUUUGCACACCGUGUGGAACUCGAACUGGUUGGCGAAGAGGGCCUGGUUGUCGCAUGUGGUCGGAUGGCUCAUCCCUGCGGCCUUUGCAGCCAUCGCCGUUGUCACAAAGUCGAUCGGAUGGAAUAACUCGAAUAUGUGCAUGGCUACCCAGGAUACCUCAAACGCGUUGUUGUUCAUCCCUCUGGGAGUGAUCAUGGUCCCUGCGACGCUCUUGCACAUCGCCACGUUCGCACACAUCAUCAAGGUCACUCUGCAGGCAGAGAACUCCGAGACCGUCUCACACUCGACCUUGUCCUCCGGUCGCGCCGCCCGUAUCUCUCACCGUCGUCACGUCAUGAACGCGAUCCGGAUCCAGUGGCGCGCUGCUGUCCUGGCCCUGAUCGUCUCGAGCUCCGUUCUUCUCUACUGGGCAUUCUACCUGGUCGAGGGCGCCAAAACAGACAUGUCCUGGAUGAGCACCUGGCAACUGUGCAUCUUCACGGGAGGAACCCAGGAGGAAUGUGGAAGCCGGUUCGCGACUGGAUACGUCCCCGAUUUCAUCUUUAUGAUGGUUACAGAGGGAUUGGUCAGCACGACGGGACUGUGGAUCUUUUUGCUGUUCUUCAAGCAGUCGUUGAUGAUGGAGUGGAAGGAGUACGUGAGCGGAUGGGUCUGCUGCGGAGGACGACGGAGUCGAAGGAAAGAGGAGGAUCAGUUCUAUGUGAUCUAAAGGACCGCACGCGACUUUUCUCUCUCCUUCUUUCUCUGGUUGUAGGAACGCGU